GUCAGAACCAGAUACGGUUGGCUGGUCUGUGGCGUUGAGGGUAAGAAGGGACCAGGUGCACACGUCGCGCGUGUCAACCGCAUCAAGAUGCUGGAAGAUCCCGAGCUCGAGUUCCUUGACAGCCAUGAUAGUCGCAGAGGCUACUCAGUCGAGGACGUCAAGUGGUGCCUCAAGGUGGAAGAUACAUGCAAGAAGGACGGAAAGAAGUACGAAAUCGGUCUGCCAUUCCGAGAUGCGAAACCCGAUCUGCCAGACAACAGAGUGAUGGCAGCAAGACGACUGGAAUCACUGAGAAGAAAGUUCGAGAAGGAUCCAAGAUAUGCAGCUGACUACAAGGAGCAGAUGAAGAAGCUUCUGGUUCAAGGAUAUGCUGAGGAAGCAGCACCAGACUCAGAAGAAGGAAAAGAAGAGCGCUGGUAUAUCCCGCACCAUGGGGUGUAUCACCCGACCAAAAACAAGCUUAGAGUAGUUUUUGAUUGCAGCGCGUCAUACAAUGGAGUGAGUCUGAAUAAUGUACUCAUGCAAGGCCCGAACCUGACGAACUCCCUGGUGGACGUGCUAGUCCGCUUCCGACAAGAGACGGUAGCCUUUACCGGUGACAUCGAGUCCAUGUUUCUUCAGGUGAUGGUACCGGAGAGCGACAGGAACUAUCUGAGCUUCCUGUGGUGGCCAGAAGGCGACACUUCUUCAACACCACGUGUCUUCAGGAUGACAAGACAUCUGUUCGGAGCGACAUCCAGUCCCAGUUGCGCGAACUACGCUCUUCAUCGGACGGCAGAAGACUUCGGCACAGGAUACACCCCCGAAGUGAAGAAGACACUGCAAAGAAGUUUCUAUGUGGAUGACGUAUGCCAAUCGACGACGUCAGAAGCCUCCGCUGCGAAGAUGGCGCAGGACCUGAAGCAGCUGUGCAGCAUGGGUGGCUUCCGACUCACGAAGUUCAACUCCAACAGCACCGAAGUUCUGAGAGCGCUAUCAGAAGAUGACAAGGGAAAGACUGAAACUCACCUUGGACAGGAAACCUCUUCUAGCGAGAGAGUCUUAGGUGUACUCUGGGAUACUCACAGGGAUGAGCUUGGAUUCAGCAUCGACGUAGACGCUCUAAACAGAAGACCACGUACUCGACGCGGAAUACUCUCCGCGACCGCAGCCUGUUACGACCCGUUAGGCCUGGCUGCUCCUCGCGUUCUUCAAGGACGGAUGAUUCUUCAGGAACUGACGCGUCUACGAACCGGCUGGGACGAUGACAUUCCCAAUGAAGUUGAAGAAGAAUGGAACAGAUGGCUGAGUGGGUUGAAGUCCCUGCCAGACGUACGCGUGCCAAGAUGUUAUGAUCCGUAUGGCAUAAGUGCCGCGGAUGCAAUGAGUCUGCACCACUUCAGUGACGCCAGUCUGAAGGGCUAUGGCACCGCGUCAUACAUACGCACUGUGCGCGGAGAUGGUGAAGUGUUCUGUUCCCUGGCUCUUAGCCGAGGCCGAGUCGCUCCGCUCAAAGCGAUUACGGUCCCGCGUCUUGAACUAGCCGCAGCCAAGCUUGCCGUAGACGUGAACCAAGAGCUCUUGCGAGCACUGGACAUGAAGAUCCAUGACGUCACCUUUUGGACGGAUAGCACGACCGUGUUGCGUUACAUCGAGAACGAGACCUCGCGCUAUCACAUCUAUGUGGCGAAUCGACUUGCUGCGAUACACGCUGGAUCGAAGAACGAACAGUGGCGGUACGUACCCUCGUCGCUGAAUCCUGCUGACAUGGUUUCAAGAGGAGUACUGCAAGACAGCGACAUGUGGUACAACGGCCCGCCAUUUCUCAGGAGCUCACAGGAGAAUUGGCCAAGGUCUCCGUGCGUCGGUGAGAUUCACCCGGAUGACCCGGAAGUGAAGCAAGCGAAGACAAGUUCGGCAGCUGUCGUCGUGCAGAACAAGAAGGCUGACAACUCCAGCGCCAAUCCCAUCGAUCGUCUGAUUGAAUAUCAUUCGUCAUGGAAGAGACUCACGAGAGCGGUGGCAUGGAUCCGCCGAACGAUCAAGACUCUGCAGCUGAAGGCCAGAGACGAGCAGGGAGCCUCCAAUGUGAGGGAGCUCACUCCUGCUGACAUAGAAGAUGCCGAGAGGAUCAUCGUGAAGCAUGUUCAGAAAACUCAUUUUCUGCAAGAACUGACUGACCUGGGAGUGGGACGUGAGGUGCGAUGUGCCAGUCGUCUGGCGCGGCUGAGCCCAUUCGUGGAGGACGGUCUCAUCAGGAUGCGCGGACGCUUGAUGAACUCUGCGUUGGACUGGGCUGCCAAGCAUCCUCUGAUUCUCCCAGACAAGGACAAGGUAACUGACCUGAUCAUCGCUGAUCGUCACGAGAGGGCAGGACACGAAGGACGCCAGUAUGUUCUUUCUGAACUCAGGACUCGAUACUGGGUACUGAAAGGGAACAGCGCAGUACGACGGUGUUUGCACAGAUGUGUGAAGUGCAGAAGACGACAGCGCCCAGUUGAGGGACAGAAGAUGGCAGACUUGCCACAGGAUCGUGUAGAGGAGGCCACUCACCCGUUCAGUAGCACUGGUGUAGAUUACUUCGGGCCGCUAUACGCCAAGAGAGGUAGAGGUCAGGUGAAGAAGUUUGGAGUCAUUUUCACAUGCCUCAGCACGAGAGCCGUGCAUCUCGAGCUCGCAGACAACCUUUCUGCGGACUCAUUCAUUUGUGCCUUGCGCCGCUUCAUUGCAAGACGCGGGAACGUUCGCCUGAUGCGUUCCGACAGGGGAACGAACUUCACAGCAGCAGACAAGGAGCUGAAGGAAGAAGUUGAUGCACUGCACGCGAACGAAGAGAAGUUGAAGAGAGCGAUGCUGGACAAGGGCAUCGAGUGGAUGUUCAACGUUCCUGCCGCUUCCCACCACGGCGGUGUGUGGGAGCGUCUCAUCAGAGGCGUCCGGAAGAUCCUGAAUGGUCUGUUAACCAGCCAAACAUUCACAGAAGAGACGUUGCACACACUCUUGUGCGAAACCGAGUGCAUCAUGAACAAUCGGCCGCUGGUGCCGGUUUCGUCGGACCCUCGUGACGAGGUGCCUCUGACUCCGAAUCACAUCCUGCAUUUGAAGUGUGUGACACCGGUAUGUGAUUCUUCAAGUGAAGAUGACCUGGAUGGACCCAAGAGAUGGCGACAAGCUGCUUACCUAGCUGAGCAGUUUUGGCGUUCGUGGAGACGGCUAUACUUGCCUCUCCUGCAGCAGCGAUCUCGCGCUGCCACGAGAAGUCGGACGAACCUGCGGAUCGGUGACGUCGUCGUCAUGGUAGACGAAUCGGUACCACGCGGUGUGUGGCCGCUGGGUCUCGUGAAGGAGACCCUGAUGAGUAAGGACGGGCGUGUGCGCUCUGUGAAGGUCCGCGCUCGAGGAACCAUGUUUCUGAGACCUGUCACGAAGGUAGUGAAGAUUCUGGGCGCAGAAGAGCAGUCUUGGUGAAGCGAUGGAGCUGCAGCUACACUGUAUAACACAGCAUGAGUCUAGCAGCACACCGCUAAGUCAUUGACACCGGACACUUUAGAUCAUGACACGCCACACAGGCUCAUGAUACAAUCACAAUGAUAGAAAUCAGGAACGGUGCAUGUAUAUAGGAUGCGUUCUACUUGCGUGUGUUGAUGCUGAUCUCAGCGACGCUUGUUUCGGUAGGCUGUGCAGUGUGCCUAUGUGUUGUUAUAUGUAGGUAUAGUUAAGAAGUUGGUUUUGAACCUGGAUGGUUCAAAGGGGGCGGGUGUUAGCGCCGCACGGCCCCCAGCGGCGGUGCCGUUGCGACGCCGCUCAGCGGCGGUGCCCUCCGCCUAUGGUAACUACGCUAUGUUGCUAUGGUUACCGGAUUGUUUUGUUUUUUACUUUCUUUCGGCUCGAUUUUGACAAGGUCUGGCUAGAAUAUGAAUAAUUACGAAAGAUAAAGACGAAAGAUGUGAUUGAUGACUGGCAAAAAUGUUGUUUGAGUGAAAAGGAAGAAUUUUGGCUAUUGAUUUAAGCAUGAACACUGUUCGUUACGCCGGAGAGUGACAAUUUGUCGGUAAGCACUAAAUCGUACCAAAUGUCGGAUGCUAUUGUGAAGCGCUUUGCUUAUUAUUCUGAAAUUAUCGUGAUACGACUGACUAAUGUUAUGAUACGGAUGUAUUUGUCUGGAACUUACCUUGUUUUCUUUGUGUGUAUGCGUGUUUUAGUUACGGCUCGGCUCAGGCUCCUGGCUCCUGGCUCCUGUUGUACGAGGCUCUGUGGUAUCGGCUCAGGCCGUUAGCGCUGGAAGAAGGAGGAGGAAUGGAGGAGAAAAUAUAGAGGACUGAGAGCCCGUGAACGACGUUUCUCAUUGACGGCGCGCGAACAACU